AUGACCGACAGCAAACCAGUAGAGUUCAAGCAACACACAUCAAUUGCGAUUUUCGGGGCGUCAGGCGAUUUGUCCAAAAAAAAGACGUUUCCUGCGCUCUUUGGACUAUUCAGAGAGGGAUAUCUAGACGCCACAUGCAAGAUCAUCGGUUUUGCCCGCUCCAAGCUGUCGGACGAGGAUCUCAGAAAGAAGAUAGAACCCUUUUUGAAGAAACCCAACGGUGAUAAAGACACAGAGAAGGUCAAGCAGUUUUUGCAAAUGGUCACGUACAUCUCGGGCCCUUACGACCAGAGUGUCGGAUACGAACAGCUACGCAAAGAAUUCGAAAGCCACGAAAAGGGCAACAAGCUCGAGAAACCCAACCGGUUGUUUUAUCUGGCACUUCCUCCCAGCGCUUUCGUCUCCGUCUGCACGCAAAUCAAAGAAGUCGUAUACGCAAAGGACGGGCACAACAGAGUCGUUGUGGAAAAGCCAUUCGGUCACGAUCUGAACUCAUUCCGUGAGCUGCAGAACGAUCUGGCCCCACUCUUCUCUGAAGACGAGCUUUUCAGAAUCGACCAUUAUCUGGGCAAAGAAAUGGUCAAGAAUCUGGUGUUGAUGAGGUUUGGCAAUACCUUUUUAAACGCCGCAUGGAGCAAAGAGAGCAUUCAGAACAUUCAAAUCUCGUUCAAAGAGCCUUUCGGCACAGAAGGUCGUGGUGGAUAUUUCGAUGAGAUCGGUAUUAUAAGAGAUGUGAUGCAAAACCAUCUGCUGCAAAUUUUGACUCUGUUAACCAUGGAGCGUCCCGUGGGCUUCGAUGCUGAGUCCAUCCGUGACGAAAAGGUCAGAGUUCUCAAAGCAUUUGCCCCUAUCGACCACAGCGACGUUUUGACAGGUCAAUACGGGCCAUCUGAAGAUGGUACCAAACCCGGAUAUCUGGACGACGAAACUGUUGAUCCAAAAUCCAAGUGUGUUACUUUCGCCGCCAUUGGAUUCAAGAUUCAAAACGAGCGUUGGGAUGGUGUACCUAUCGUUAUGAGAGCUGGUAAAGCCCUCAACGAAGGCAAGGUUGAAAUUAGAAUUCAGUUUAAGGGGGUUCCAGCCGGUAUUUUCAGCGAUGAGAUUGCCCACAACGAGCUUGUCAUUAGGGUACAACCUGAUGAAGCUAUUUACCUGAAGGUCAACAGUAAGACACCUGGUCUAUCCACCAGUUGCCAAGUCACAGAAUUGGACUUGACAUAUGCAAGGCGUUACAGGGAUUUCUGGAUCCCAGAGGCUUACGAAGCCUUGAUCAAAGAUGUUAUGAAUGGCGACCAUUCUCACUUUGUGAGAGAUGACGAACUCGACGUCAGCUGGAAGCUGUUCACUCCUCUGUUGAACCAUUUGGAGGGUCCAGAUGCUCCAACGCCAGAAAGUUACGCUUACGGAUCCAGAGGGCCUAAAAACUUGGUCAAAUUUCUCGAAAAACACGAUUAUGUUUUCGAGGAUCCAAGCCUCUACCAAUGGCCGGUGUCUACUCCAGAGAUGUCGGAAAACGCUUCGAAGAUGUGA